AUGACUGACAUCGACCUCGAAUUCGAUGACCGCUCGGUCGAGCUGUCCUCUAUUGUCGCCAUCUUUCCGGAAACCCAGAUUGAUCCUACAACCCCGUUCAAGGCCGUUCUUGAUUUACCUGUCGCCCCCUCUUCGCCAACCCCAGUCUGUUUCCAACAGCCUAUUGAUCCUACACCGGCCGCUACCCUUACCCCGCCCACCUCUGUAGAUGAAUCAAAGGGAGAUUUGGACGAACCUGUUAAAGAUGUCCAUGUACUCUCGCAUUUACCACCCUUAAAACUUGAGAUUGAAUUACCGGAGGGGUAUCCCUCUGAAAAGCCACCGAUUGUUCAUCUUACUUCUGUUCCCAUGUGGUUGCCAACUUCUGCCGUGGACCAAUUGUUAGAUGACUGCCGCCGGCUGUGGGAAGAAUGUGACCAUGAUUUGGUGGUUUUCACAUAUAUAGAUCAUCUCCAGCAACUCGCCGAAACAGUCUUCAAUAUUCAAGAUUCAUCGGGAGAAAUUUGCCUCUCGCGGGAGCUCAAGAUUGCCUUGCUUGACUAUAACAUCAAAGCGGAACGUGAGAAGUUCGAACAGGGCACCUUUGAAUGUGGAGUGUGUCUUGAGCCCAAAAAGGGUACAGUCUGUUAUCGACUGCUUCGCUGCUCCCAUGUGUUCUGCGUCCAGUGUUUGCAGGAUUUCUACAACACCUGCAUAUCCGAGGGUGACGUGGACAGUGUGAAGUGUGUGGCGCCAGACUGCGAACUCAACAAGAGACCUCCGGAUGCCCAAGGUGGCAAUGUACAAACUCCGCCCCGCAAGAAACGCGACCGAACACUAGGACCAAGCGAGCUGCUUCAGAUUCCUCUAGCCCCAGAUGUGGUUCAGAGGUACGCCUUCCUGAAGCGAAAGAAGAAGAUUGAAGCCGAUAAAACGACUGUCUACUGCCCGCGACAAUGGUGCCAGGGAGCAGCACGAUCCAAGAAACACCCCAAGCCGGAAGACCUGAUGGUAGAUGACCCGGAUGUAUCUGAUGACGAAGAUACAUCCGAUCCACCAGAUCCAUCCGAAGAGGAUGGAGAACUCCCUCCAAUGUCCGAACGCGUCGCAAUCUGCGAGGACUGCAACUACGCAUUCUGCUCUGUCUGCAAGAAAGGAUGGCACGGUGAGCUACUCCGCUGUUACCCUCGCCGCCAGGGCGAGCCGACCGCCGAAGAAAAAGCCACCGAAGAGUAUCUCCGUCUAUACACUACCCCAUGCCCAACCUGCAACGUGCCCUGUCAAAAGCAAAUGGGCUGCAAUCACAUGCGCUGUUUCCAAUGUGACACCCACUUCUGCUACCUAUGCUCUGCCUGGCUCUCAGCGGACAAUCCCUAUAAGCAUUUCAACGACCCAUCAGGCCAAUGCUUCAACCGCCUCUGGGAUCUGGAAGGUGGAGAUGGCCUCAAUCCCGACGGUGCCGAAGCCUUGCACCGCAUUCCAGAAGCACUUCUCAAUUUCGACGACGAACCGCCUGCAGUCAUGAUCCCCGAAGAUAGUGAUGACGAACAUCCAGCCUUCGAGUUCGACAAUGACCAAGAUAUGCUCCAUCUUCCUCCGCCUCCCGCUCCAAUUCCACCCCCAGUCCACGCUCGUCGUCCUGAUCAUGCGGCUGCUCGUGCGGCUGCCGCCGAGCGCCGUGCCCAGGCCAGAGCCAUGAACGAAGUUCGGCGCCGAGAUGCAGACCAGGCGCACGAAGCACAGCAUCAACAGCGACAGGAUCCUCGACGUCCGGUGCGCCGUGUCCCUGUUCGAGCAGAAGGCUUGGAAGGCGAGGAGAGACAAGAUUGGGGUAGAUGGCCUGGUCUUGAGAGAUUCGUCCAGCUGGCAGCUGACGAUCGCGAGGAUGAGUGGGAUAGUGAUGAGCUAGAGGAUUUCUGA